AUGAAAUCCUUGGAGGUUAUCCUGAUUAUUAGCCUAGGCAUUUUCUGUCUGAUGCAAGAACUGGAGGCGCACGGAAUGAUGUUGAGUCCUGUGGGACGAUCUUCCCGCUGGCGUUAUGACUCUUCGGCGCCCACAAAUUACGAUGACAACGGAUUGUAUUGCGGUGGCUUCUGGAAACAAACCGAGAACGGUGGACGCUGCGGGCUGUGUGGCGAUGAUUGGAGCUUGGCGCAGCCGCGUCCCAACGAGCUGGGCGGCAAAUAUGGCAGUGGAGUGAUCGUCAAGUCCUUCAACGGCGUCACAGAGGCUGAAAUUACCGUGAAGAUUACUGCCAAUCAUCUGGGCUACUUCCAGUUCCACAUAUGCAAUCUGGAUGAAAACGGCAGUGAGUCAGAGGAGUGCUUUGAGCAGUAUCCCUUGACCUUUGCUGAUGGCAGCAAAAAGUACUACAUCAAUACAACCAUUGGCAACAUUGUGAUGACGGCCCAACUGCCGACCGAUCUCAACUGCGUCCACUGCGUCCUCCGCUGGACAUAUACGGCGGGCAAUAAUUGGGGCGUCUGUGAGGACGGCUCGGGCGCCAUGGGAUGCGGUGCCCAGGAGACCUUUGUGAACUGUGCAGAUAUCAGUGUACUCUCCUCGGCCAGGAGUAUCAUCCAGGAGGUGCCAGUGGAGGUGGUGGGAGCUGCUUGA